CCAUUAUUGUUUGAGUGAUACAUUUUGGGGAUUGGCCCUUUUUCAAAUGUAACGCGAGGAUCUCUCAUCGCGUUUGAAUGAACUUACUCAUGAAUUCAUUGCAUAGCUAAACUUUUAGCUAAAAAUAACCUAAAACACUGUUGAAGAGUCCCCCGUCGUCGCUACCCUCUUUGUCAAAAAAAAAUCAAAACAUAACAAAACCAGCUGUUCGAUUGUGCAUUUUUAUAAAAUUUUACGAUUUUAUUUUAGUAAAAUCUUUGUAACAGGAAUCAAAAGAUUUAGUGUCUGUGCUACAAAUAGGGAAUUACUGCUCAAAUCCUCAAUCCGUUGAAUGAUUGGCACUCGAUUGCGCCAACUAUUGCUUAACAUGCCAUUUUACGCUGUGGCAAAGGGUCGAGCAGUUGGUGUCUAUUUGACGUGGCCAGAAUGCCAGCGGCAGGUGACCGGAUUCACGGGUGCAAAGUUCAAGAAAUUUCCCACCCGUCAGCAGGCGGAGACUUUCAUCCGGGAGAACAGCGGUAGCAUUUCCAGCUCCAGUUCGGACAGUGCUAGUAACUCUUCCGUGGAUUCACAACCCGUGUGUCCUCCGACACAGUCCGUGCGG